AUGGUGAUCUCUAGUACCAAUCCCCAAUAUAAGGAGAUAACCAUCAGGAGGAGGAUUGCUAGCAUAUUCAAUAAACGGGAAGAUGAUUUUUCAUCUUUGAAAGAUUACAAUGAUUACUUGGAGGAAGUUGAAGACAUGACGUUUGACUUGAUUGAAGGAAUAGAUGUUGCUGCUAUAGAAGCAAAAAUUGCUAAAUACCAAGAAGAAAAUUCAGAACAAAUAAUGGUUAAUCGAGCCCGAAAGGCUGAAGAAUUAGCUGCAGCUAUGGCAGCAAUCAAGGCACAGCCUGCCCAAACUGAUAACGAUGAUGCAAACCUAAAUUCUCAAGCCGGGGUUGGUACUGUUCCUCAGGGGCAAUAUGCACCUACAGUUGCAGGAGGACAACCUAGACCCACAGGCAUGAUGGGACCACAACCCUUACCUCUCGGAGGAAGUGACGCCGGCUACAUAGUUGAGAACGAAGAAACAUUUAGGCGGCGAGCAAGGGCUGGAGGAUGGAGUAAAGAAAUAAGCAGGAAGAGAGCUUUUGAAGAAGCAUUUGGAAGCAUUUGGGUUUCAUAG